AUGACCCCUCCACCCGACCGCGUCGCUCGAACCAUGCUAUCAUGGCACUCCCUCGAGCUCAUCUCAUGCACCACAAUCCAAACCCUCUGGGCCGGGUACGGCCAGAUAUGCGCCAUCAAAGCAAAGGCGACUACCGACGAAGCAGCGAAGCAUCUGGACGAGCUCUUCGGGGUGCAGGUGCAGGUGCACUCAUCUACUGGAACUGGAAGAGGGACUGUCUAUCCUCUCAUACUGAAACUGAUCUCGCCGCCGCAGAAGCAGAAUACGGCGCGGGGUAAAGAGACAGAAGAUGAGGGCCAUCUGCGCAAGAUGCUUAGUUAUCAGGUUGAGCAGUGCUUUUACAGUGAUGUGGUGCCGCGGUUUGGUGGGGGUGUUGCUGUAGCGGGGUGUCUUGCGUCGACGCGGGAGAUGGUUGACCGGACAGGAGAGUUUGAAGGGGGAGAGGAGUUGGAAGGGCUUAUGGCUAUUGUCAUGGUUGAUCUUAGGGUCAAGUACCCUGUCGCCGGUGAGAAGAGGAGUGUGUUGAGUGAGGCGCAGGUACAUGGAGCAUUGGACUGGCUUGCUGGGUUCCAUGGGCGGUCGUGGAGUCUACUCCCGGAGAACCUGGAUGGGUGUGUCUUGCCGCCUCUUGAAGAGGCAAAGAGGAGGCAGGGCAUGAACACGAAUGGUGUUGGGAGCGGAAAUGGACUGUGGCUGAACGGGGGAUACACGUACCUUGCAACACGGCGAAAAGAGUACGAAUCUCUAGCACGGGAUACUUACUCGGAAUGGUCCGAAGCUUUAUGCCGGAAUCAAGAAGGCUCAUCAAUGUCCAUAGCUGAGAUGGUUGCAUUAUUUCUAACACCCCACGGACGGCCAAUUGAGUCGUAUAUCCACGGCGACGUCAAGUCCGAGAAUCUCUUCACGACGAAGAAUGGAGACGAGGUGGCGUUUUUCGAUUUCCAAUAUGUCGGGCUAGGCCUGGGUGUUUGUGAUCUCGCGAAACUGUUUACGUGCUCGGUUCCGCUGGAUAUGCUUGAUGAUGCCGGCGACUCUCUCCCUGAGCGGUUAACAAUGCGCGACGGCGAGAAGAGACUGCUGGAGCGGUAUCGCUCGAGUCUUCUACAGCAUGGAGAGAAUAACUCGUACGAGUGGGAUACGUUUAGACGACACUGGGAGACUGCCCUGGUAGACUGGUGUCGAUUCCAGGCGUCUUGGGGAUUCUGGGGGAAUACGGAGUGGCUCGAGGCGCGUGUACGAUCGAUAUUGAGCGACCAAGAGUGGAGAGACUGGCUGAGACGGGAAGUAGAGGGUCAGAGUUUAUGA